AUGAUUCGUCCUCGUGGACCACCUCUUGAAAGCAGCCGCCCCGAUUUUGUCUACUCCGCUCAAGAGCUUGCCGAUAUGAUUGCCUCCAUUCAUCAGUUCAAGGAGAGUGGGCUCCUGUGUCCGGACGAUGGAGAUGGCUUCGUUUUUGGCGCCGUCAAGGUGAUGGACAAUGGCGAGCCGGGAAAAAUGAACGACGUCGGCGGCACCUGCAUCGGCACCGGCAUCGACAUAGACGACACCCUCCGUGCACUAGGCUUCGAUACCCUUCUCACCGCCGGCGGCGUCGAUGGCGGAUGCUGCCAACGCGACAACCUCGAUACCAUCGACCACCUAUGCCACCACCUUUCCGGUGCGCUAACCGUCGUUGCGGGAGGCGGGCUGCGCUGCCACAACCUUGGUCGUGCCACCAAGCUGCUGACCACGUACGGGGCCGAGGCCGUUUGGUUCCACACCGCCGCCGUCAAGGUCGCCGAUGACGUCGUGACCGAAGAGCUCGAUACCGAGGAACUCGAUAACCUGAUUGCCAUUCUGAGGCAGACUACUCAGCCCUAG